UAGCCAGGAUGGUCUCGAUCUCCUGACCUCGUGAUCCGCCCGUCUCGGCCUCCCAAAGUGCUGGGAUUACAGGCUUGAGCCACCGCGCCCGGCCGAAAACAGAAACUUUCAAACACAUCUUUUCUUCUGUGAAUAGAAUAUGUGCUUUCCGAAGAUUGAGGUCAUCUCGAACUUGAGUGAUGACAGUGACCCUGAGCUGGACUGCACGCCACUCUCUGUGCGGGAAAACCUGCCCGCAGACACUCUGUCAAACAUAUUCGCCGUCUCUAAAGACACCUCAAAGGCGGCUCGGGCGCCCUCCACAGCCAUCUUUAUAAAAGAAGCUAAGAGGGACAUGGAAGUCCGAAAACAAGACACCGAGUCCCCACGACCCCUGAUCCAGGAGCUCAGCGACGAGGACCCCUCUGGCCAGCCCCCGAUGUCCCCCACCUGCCAAAGAGACGCUGCACCACUCACUUCCAGUGGAGACGGGGACAGCGACUUCCUUGCAGCCUCUUCUUCAGUGCCGACUGAGAGCGCCACCACACCCUCAGAGACGUGUGUAGGAGUUGCCCAGCCCAGCUCUGCCCACGUGGGACUUCACUGCAUUCCCAGCACCGAAAGCAUCAUAGUUCCCCCGAGUUAUAUGUAGCAUAAAUGGUUUAAUUAUAAAUGUCUCCUUUAGGCAUGAUAAACAUUUUAAUACCCACGCGAGUCAACGUAUGAUUGGGCUAUCUCCUAUUUGUGUGAGUCACAUGCAAUUCCUUUCACCAGCCACCCUGAAAAAAGACCUUCCUCUUACUGUGUCAUCAGAAACCAGACAGACCCCAGGUCCCUGCAAAAUCUCCAGUGGGCCUUUUCCCCACAGGAAAGCAGAAUCUUCCACUGCAACUAGAGAAACUCAGAGGAUAAGGGACUUGAUGCUUUAGACAUCAAAAUAAGAAGGGGAGAGAGGAAAGAAAGGGGAAGUCCAUGAGGCACAACAAUUCUCCCAAAGUGUUACGACCAUGAUCCUCUCCUCAGAGGCCACUAUCGAGAGCCCACAGGUGCCAGACCCACGUCCCGAGGGAGAAGGAACAUCAGCCAUCGUCUCUGUGCGUGAGCUCAGUGUCAGGUAGUUACUGUGGCGGGAUGCUGUCCAGCCUAAAAAAUGUGACCGUUCCAGUUCAUCUUCAGCUGACAAGUUUAUUUAAUCCCUGAACCUGGAUCCAAGGCAUCUCCCUGUACAAAACAUCAGACCGUGGCAGAGACUGACAAAGCAACCCAAAACAGCAGCUGCCGACGGCCGCUGUGCCCAUCUCAGCAGCAGCUCUGUGGGGGCCUCACUCCACCCUCACCGAACACGAGGAGGAGCCAGCACUACUGCCCCAUUUCACCAGACAGUAAGGCACGAGAACUGAGAGACCUGCCUGAGGCCCCCACAGCUGCGGGGCAGCGGAGCCCUGUCUCCCAGCACAGACUAGACUCCCAGCAACACAGGCCCGCCAGCACCUCCAACCUGCCUUUUGGGAUGAUCCUCAGGCGAAUAUACAAAAUACAGAAGAAA